GGAAACGUACUUAAGGAGAUGUGUUGCCUCCGUGAAGCCAGACAGUCCCGUUACCACCCACCAAGAUGAUGUGCGCUAAGGUUGUGAUCGUGGCCGUUGCCGCUGUGGCUCUUGUCGCCGCCGCGCCGCGCCCCGACAGCCCGCCCCAGUACGGCCCGCCGCCCCCUCACUACAAGGAGCCCGGGAUGCCCUACGACUUCGCCUACGCCGUCAAGGACGACUACACCGGCAACGACUUCGGCCAGAACGAGAGCAGUGACGGACACGUAACCAGUGGGUCGUACUACGUGGCGCUGCCCGACGGCCGCUUGCAGAAGGUGUCCUUUACGGCGGACCACAAGGCCGGCUACGUGGCUGACGUCACCUACGAGGGCGAGGCCACCUACCCCGCCCACCCCGCUCCGCCCGCCUAUGGGCCCCCCGCCCCCUACGCCUAGAUCGCCCCACCAUUCCCCCUGGCCAGUAACUUAUUGACCCCGCGCCCCCGCGGGACACCGCUCCUGUAAAUAAAGACAUCGCUGUACCC